GGUACAAGAAGGAGGCCGUCGAGCUUUCCGUCUUGGCUCACAUUCUGAGGGAAUGAGGCUCCUGCCGUUGCGUCGUCUUCUCUGCUCUCUAAUGGCGGAAAGGGACACAUCGGCCGGCGUCAUUUCUUCCAGCCAGCCUCAUUAUUGCUGGGGGACCCUCUUGGCUUCGCCCAUGCCGACGACUCGCAGGGAACGUGACCUUCGUAAACAGACAAAUAUGGCUGCUGUCUCCGUUUCAGAUAAGCGAGGGACCGUCAGAAUGAAAGCAGCUGGGCAUUUGCUCUGCUUCUUGGCGUGGGGGAAGAAAGAAAACCAUGCGUCAGCUGGCUCUCGUGGCUUCUGUUUUUCUCAUUUUCUUGCAGAUAACUUGUUCGACGAUAUGUCUCGACGUAGAAAACCAGGCUAAUUGCCUGCGACGCCAAAUCAGUAAAACGAGAAUUGCAUUUUCUCUUUCGUUUCUUUUUGUUUUGCCUAAAUUAAAGUUUCGUUAAUCGAGGCGCAAUUCUCGGAGCUUCUGCUCCUUGAGGAAGGGGAUGAUAGCGACGUUCUCCUCGAAGAGCCUCUGCUCCAGGAGCUGGAUGCGGAGCAGGGACUCCUUGUCCUGGAGCUCCUCCACCAGGCGGAGCAGCUCGGCGACGUUGGGCAAGCGGAGUUGCACAGGAGCGGAGGCGCAGGGAAAGUAGAAGCCGAAGGACCGGGCGAAGGUGCUCCGACAACGCCUUCUUCAGCUCGUCCAACUCUGUCUCGAGGUCCCUUACCGUCCUCUCACUGCGCUGGCUUUCCUCUUCGCCGCUCCGUAUCUUAGACCUCGAACCCUCGGGUUCGUCCCGCAGCGCUCGGUUCUCCGUCUGCGGGCGCUCUUUCCGGUCGCCGGCCCGCGCGAGCUCGUCACCCUCGGUACCGAUCUCCUUCAGGAGCUCCUUUACUAGGCGGAGCAGCUCGGCGACGUUGGGCGAGCGGAGUUGCACCUGGGUGGAGGCACAGGGAAAGUAGACGCCGAAGGACCGGGCGAAGGCGCCUACGGCCUCGUCAUCGGAGGAUGGAUGCGACGGAGUCUGUUGGCCCUCGGCCGCCACCGGCGGCGGCGGCUUCUGGGAGGAGGAGGACCGGCGAGGCACGUCCGUUCUUAUUCGGGUCGUCUAACGAAGAUUUGAUUCAGAUGAAACAAAAGGAAACAGAGAUGUUGUAAUUAUCGAUUUUGCGUCAAAUCACGUAAAUUAGUUCUGGGAAAACCCUUAAGGCCAAGUGGAAGAACGUUUAGAAUGAAAACUCCGGCAUUUGCCCGCAGUCUGCGGUGGCUGAUCGAUGCUGGUGAUGGGAGUUGGAGUCGUCUCUCAAGCGAUGGGGGCCCUCCGGCUAUCUGUACAUGGAUUUCCCCACGCAAAUCUGGGCAGGCGCAGUGCUUUCUUAAGCUUGGUUAGCUUUAGCCUCUCUGCAUCAGCUGCUGCUGCGGUGAUUACUGUUUGCUCUGACGGUGACUCUGUUUCUGAUGGAUGGUUUUCCCGUGACAGAGAGGACAAUUCCCAGUCUCGUUUCGCAGGCAAAGCGAGCCAACAUUUCAUUUUUGGGGGCGGGGGGGACCGAACGAAGCACAGCGUGGCGGAAUGCAGAAGCUUACUGGACCAGAACAGCGCCGUGUGCAUCGCUGCCCGCGCCACUGGGGCACUCGAACGAGGACUGCGCAAGCAAGCGAGUUGUGCUGACAGCGACACGACGGGAUCCACGGCGCAGUUAUGGUGGGAGGUGAAUGAGAGGGAGGAGGAGACUUGACAGUGCAGCUUUGUUGUCCUAAUUGGGGCACCUCGGUCUCAGCUCGUUGAUACAACAUCAGUUUCUUUUGGCUUCAGUCUGUCUAUUCGUGAUCAGCCUCAGCUUACUGACAGUGCAUUCUUGUUGACUGCUCCGUGAACCGAAAGCUUGGCUCUCAAGUGCGUCUCCUUAAUUGGAGAGCGCUAAUCAAGUGCGUCUCCUUAAUUGCCCUAACGGGACUUCACUUCGUACUGAGUUGCGUCAUGGUAGCACGUAAAAUGCACACGAGACAGCCAUCGCCAUCGAAGCAUCGAUCAAUCAUGCGUUGCGUUUGCAGAAAGUAAAGGAAGGAAGCAUCGUUUUGGGAAGACGACAUGAACCGGCGACAACAAACCAUGUCCGGCCUUCUCUUUCAUUACAUGUCGGAGGUGUCAAUGUGCCAGGUGCUGGAAAACCCAGGCACUUAACUUUCUCUUCACCACUCUAUCCUGAUUCCUUUUCUCCUCCGUCUCUCUUGUUCUAUUCCCAGCUGUUUCAUCACUCGCUACCAUGUAGCUGCGGUGUCAAAGAGAAGGUGAUCUCUCACUCGAUGAUGGAAUCUAAUGGUUUUGUGUUUUUUGACUGAGAUGAUCAAAAGCGAAGAUGAAAAUGUUGUAAUGAUACGGUUAAUUUAGUUGGUGGGGAUGGAAGUUGGUUAUGGUCCCAAUCCUUGAAAUAUCAGCGGCAGUAGCAGCAGCAUACAUUUACUACGCAACCUGAGCGACGGGCAUUCUACAUUAAUGGGAGCGGUUGAAUGGGUAGAAGGAGAGGGCAGUCGCAAGGGAACAACGAGACAAGGAGGUGGAUGGAGUGCUUGCGAAUAAAGAAAAAGGGGAAGAGAUCACGAGAGCGGACGAGGGGAAAGGAUUGACGCAGUGAUGGUGGGCGCGCAGUGCAUGUGAAACGACCUUGGAUUCAUAUGCGACUUGGUACGUCGUCUUCACGCUCCCACUGGACGUCCUCCCAAUUCCUCUGCCAUAUGACCAAGCUUGUCGAAGCCCGGCAGCCCGCACCUCCCUUAUCGCCUCCACCUCUCCCGUCCUCCUGUUGACACCACAUGGAGGCCUACCCCGUGCCGCCUCCUCCUCCUCCUCCUCCGUCAUUGCUGCACCAUGACCACCAAGCUGCCCGUGGCGGCGGCCAAGCCUUUCUCGCCUCCAACGCCGUCGUCCUAAUCGUCGUGCCUCUCCUGUUGCUCAUCCUCGUGGCCGUGGCCGCUCUGCUGCUGGUCAAGGUCUGCCGAGCCAAGGCCAGGAAGAGCAGAAACAUGAGCAGCUGCAACAGCAGCUUCCGGAAAGGCAGUUUCGACCGGAUGCAGAUGCCUGUGUACUCCGCUAAUGGCGGCGCCAACGCCAUCGCCUAUAGCCCAGAUGUGAGGAGUUGCAUCCAUGGGGGAAAGCUGGGGUGUCCGAUGCAGGCCAGGCAGAGGAGAGGGCAGGUGUUCACUUACAGGGAGCUGGAACUGGCCACGGAUGGGUUCGGCGAGAACAAUGUGAUCGGAAACGGUGGAUUUGGGGUGGUGUUCAGAGGAACUCUGUGUGAUGGGACGGUGGCGGCCAUUAAGCUGCUGCGCAGGGAAGACAAGCAAGGGGAGAGAGACUUCAGAACAGAGGUUGAUCUUCUGAGCCGACUGCACUCCGGUUACUUGGUCGGCCUGCUCGGUUACUGCGCCGACCAACAGCAUCGGCUGCUGGUGUUCGAGUACAUGCCCAAUGGCAGCCUGCAACACCACCUCCACCCCACCUCGAGGAAACAGAGCCACAAGCCUCUCGACUGGUGGACGAGGCUUCGGAUCGCACUGGACUGCGCCCGGGCGCUCGAGUUCCUGCACGAGCGCACCGUCCCCGCCGUCAUCCACAGGGAUUUCAAGUGCAGCAACAUCCUUUUGGACCACGACUGCAGGGCCAAGGUGUCGGACUUCGGCAUGGCCAAGGUCGGCUCCGACAAGAUCAAUGGCCAGGUGCUCACCCGAGUGCUGGGGACUACGGGAUACGUCGCGCCGGAGUAUGCGUCGACGGGCAAGUUGACGACGAAGUCGGAUGUUUACAGCUACGGCGUUGUUCUGCUUGAGCUUUUGACAGGGAGAGUGCCGGUGGAUCCUGGGAGGCCUCCCGGGGAGCAUGUCUUAGUCUCAUGGGCUCUUCCUCGGCUGACCAACAGAGAGAAAGUGGUGGAAAUGGUGGAUCCAGCACUGCGUGGCCAGUUCUCGAAGAAGGAGCUGAUUCAGGUUGCAGCCAUUGCUGCUGUUUGCGUGCAGUCGGAAGCGGAUUACCGCCCUCUCAUGACGGACGUGGUGCAGUCGCUCAUCCCGCUCGUCAAGAACUCCGUGGCGGCGAGCCCUACCACUCCGUCCAGAGUUCAAGUCUCGGUUGCAAGAUCAUGAUCCAGUGGGAGUUCGCAGCAUCUACCAGCGUAUGGGAUGGGAAGACGGAAGCUGGAUUCGGAAUGGUUACGCCAUUCAAGAUUCGGGAGGUGGAUGUGGGCAAAGACUGCAGGUAUACUGUAGUUGCGUUCAUAAGAUGCUCGACAUCGUGUUGUUCCAGUUAUAUACUUCUUGGCCAUGCUCUGGGCAGCUGCACAUUUCAUCA